AUAUAGAAGCAGAAGCAGCACAGAUCAUCAAUUUGUCUUCACCAUAGGCAUGUUAAUAUAUAUAGCCAAUUGAAUUUCCAACCUUAUCUUCAAUCCGUCAAGCUCUCCCAUAAAUGAGUGAUAUCUAGCUUAAUUAUGAUAAAUUGAAGAGUGGAGAGAUUUAGAAAUGAUGGGAAGAGCAGCAGAUGAUGAAAAAGGAACGUUGAUGAUAAAGAAGGGAGCAUGGACGCCAGAAGAAGACAAAAAGCUGGUGGAUCACAUCCAGAAGCACGGACAUGGGAGUUGGAGAGCACUGCCAAAGCUUGCAGGUCUCAAGAGGUGCGGCAAAAGUUGCAGGCUCAGGUGGACCAACUACCUCAGGCCUGAUGUCAAGAGGGGCAAGUUUUCUCAAGAAGAAGAGCACUCCAUCAUCAACCUUCAUGCUCUUCUUGGCAACAAGUGGUCGACCAUAGCAGGCCAUCUUCCAGGACGAACCGAUAACGAAAUCAAGAACUUCUGGAAUACCCAUUUAAAGAAGAAACUUGUUAAAAUGGGCAUUGACCCUGUCACCCACCGCCCUUUAACAACUCACCAUCAAUAUGAUCACAACAAUAUUCUCUCCAAUCUUCUUCUGCAGCCACAGUCCACGUUGAUUAAUGCUGAUGCAGCUGCUGCUAACGUUGCCAAUUUGCUGAAUCCAAUAUGGGAGUUUAAUAAUGCUUUGAGACUAAGCUACUGCCCAUCAUCAGAUGCAUCAGUACAGCAAAUUGCCAAUAACAUCCAAGCGUUGCAUGAUUUAGUGCAAGUCCUAUUUGGCUCCACUGCUAGUCCUAUUCCUAGUCCUCCUACCACAUCCAGUUCCAGUACCCCUAAUAUGGCUAAUAUCAGUGUUGGUACUAAUAUUUCAACUCAUCAGCUGUACUUUCAUACAAAUAUUAAUCCAAAUGCAGAAGCCUCCCAGCCGACACCAACCAGCUAUGACUAUAAUCAUCAUCCACCCAUUUCUGGCUACAAAUUUAGUACCAACACUAGUAUUGGUACUGCUAGUACUAGCAAUGGCGCAAUUCCAAAUUUCAAUGAUCUCGAUCAACUACCUCAUUUGGUUCCGGCCAGCUAUACCAAAGAGAUUAAUGCUUCUACUUGUACUGAUAUUGGUGAUGACGAUGAUGAUCAUCAUCAUCAUCAUCAUGAAAAGGAAAUUAGUAAGAAGAUUAAUAUUUCUCCAAAUAUUCAUAUUUCUAAUCCCUCAUCCACAUCAACCACCUUUGAAGUUUUGGGAUGGAGAGAUCUAAUAGAUGACGAAGCAACAGACUCCUACUGGAAGGAUAUCAUGGAGUAAAGUAUAUCCAAGCAUCUUCGCAGACAUGUUCAAUCUCGUAGAAGGAUGUGCUCUCCCUGGUCAUAUCAUCACUGCGUUCCUUGGAUUUAUACAACAUUAAUCCUACAUUCGUUUUCUUAAUUAUUAUCAUUUGGAAUUAAUUUAUACUGGAUUUUAGUUUAUAUAUAUAUAUAUAUAUAUAUGUAAAUAUAGCAUUGUUUAAAAUUUCAUUUUUUAUUUCCCGUCGAUUGAUAUAUACAAUACAAGCAUUUGUUA